UUCACAAUAACCAAAAGUCCAAAAUCAUCCAAAAACCCAAAUAUCAAAAACGAUAGAUCCGUUUCUCUCUCUCCCCCACAGUAACGCAUAAACCCUAACCUCUGUCUCCUCUCACUCUCUCUUCCUCUUCUCUCAGCCUCAAACGCUUUGCUAACCCAAAAAAUGGCGAACUUCGAUCACGACGACGCACCACCCAACUCGGCGGCUCCACCACCAGCAGCCUCCUCCGAUGCCCUCGGGUACGACCCGAAUUUCGUACCCGACUCCGUCAAAUCCUUCGUGGUUCACCUGUACCGUCACAUCCGAGAGAAAAACGUGUACGAGAUCCACCAGAUGUACGAGACCUCGUUCCAGACACUCUCCGAGCGACUCUUCAAGGACACGCCGUGGCCCUCGGUGGACGCCGUCGCUCACUACGUCGACAACGACCACGUGUUCUGCCUCCUCUACCGUGAGAUGUGGUUCCGGCACUUGUACGCGAGGCUUUCACCUACGCUGAAGCAGAGGAUCGAUUCUUGGGACAAUUACUGUAGCUUGUUUCAGGUUGUGCUUCACGGUGUUGUGAACAUGCAGCUGCCGAAUCAGUGGCUUUGGGAUAUGGUGGAUGAGUUUGUGUACCAGUUUCAGAGCUUCUGUCAGUAUAGAGCUAAGAUGAAGAACAAGACAGAACAAGAGAUUGCGCUUCUCACUCAAUUCGAUCAGGCUUGGAAUGUGUAUGGUGUGCUUAACUUCUUGCAAGCACUUGUGGAGAAGUCCAUGAUCGUUCAGAUUCUUGAGCAGGAGAAAGAGGGUUUAGAACAAUUUACUUCGACAGAUGGAUAUGAUUACAAUGGAGGGAGUAAUGUCUUAAAGGUAUUGGGCUAUUUCAGCAUGGUGGGAUUGCUGAGGGUUCAUUGCCUUUUAGGUGAUUAUCACACUGGUUUAAAGUGUUUACAGCCUAUUGACAUUAGUCAACAAGGUGUUUAUACAAGUGUGAUAGGAAGCCACAUUACCACCAUAUAUCAUUAUGGGUUUGCCAAUUUAAUGUUGCGGAGGUAUGUGGAGGCAAUUCGUGAAUUCAAUAAGAUUCUAUUGUACAUUUACAAGACCAAGCAAUAUCAUCAGAAGUCUCCACAGUAUGAGCAAAUACUAAAGAAGAAUGAGCAGAUGUAUGCCUUGCUGGCUAUUUGCCUUUCACUUUGUCCCCAAGUGAAGCUUGUUGAGGAAACUGUGAACUCUCAGUUGCGGGAGAAGUAUGGUGAAAAGAUGAUCAGAAUGCAAAGAUAUGAUGAUGAGGCAUUUGCUAUUUAUGAUGAGCUCUUCUCAUAUGCAUGCCCUAAGUUCAUUACCCCCUCGGCUCCAAGUUUUGAGGAGCCUCUUGUAAAUUACAACCAGGACGCCUAUAGGCUUCAGUUGAAACUAUUCCUUUAUGAGGUGAAGCAACAACAGUUAUUAUCAGGCGUGAGGACCUUCUUGAAAGUGUAUUCAACCAUCUCUCUUGGGAAGCUUGCAAACUAUAUGGAAGUUGAUGAACCCACGUUGAGGACUAUCUUGAUGACAUACAAGCAUAAGACGCAUGCUGUUGAUGGUGAUGGAAAAAUUAUAUCCAAUGCUGAUUUGGAUUUCUACAUUGACGAUGACAUGAUUCAUGUUGUUGAAUCUAGACCAGCUAAGAGAUAUGGGGACUACUUCUUGAGACAGAUUGUCAAGCUUGAAGGGGUGAUCACUGAUGUGGACAGGAUAAAGCUGGAAUGAGUUGCCCACCACCGUCUAGUGUUGGCCCCUGUGGUCAUGCCUUUGUCCUUUUCGAUUCUUAUACUAGACAACGUUUUUUUUUUCCUUUACCUAUUUAUCAUUUCCAUGCCUUUUUGAAUUAGUGGUUGUGGUUAGCUAUUUAAUAUGUGAUUCAAGUUGCGGUGCAUUUCUUAAA